UUCGCUCCCCGGGCCCAGCUCGGCUGUCGCCGCUAUGGAGCCGCAGCCGGACAGCUUGGAGGGGUGGGUGGCCGUGCGCGACACCGCUUUUGCCGAGCCUCAGCCGCCGCGGCUGCGCUUCCUCGUGGCCUGGAAUGGCGUAGAGGGCGCCUUCGCCGUGACCUGUCACGGCCGGGCGGAGGCGGCGGCGCAGGCCCCGCAGAGUUGGGCUGGCCUGUUCUCGGAGCCGGCCCUGCGCGGCGUCCACCGUCAGCUGGCGGCUAUCUGUCCGCGCCUGGAGCCCGCCUUCCCCGCGCUGCCGCCUACGCUACCCGGUGCGGCCGGCGGGCUCUGGGCCGUGCUCUUCCCCGGCGGCGCCGCGCCAGGCGAGGCCGAGAUGCAGAAGGUGUGCCGGGAGCUGGAGCUGUACCUCGGCUGGGCCUUAGAGCUCUGCGGCGGCCGUGUGUUGCUGGAUGCCCUCUUCGCCGACGACCGCCGCCACGACGACGAGUACUUCGAGAGUCUUCACGAGCUCCGCGGGAGGGCCUUGCGGGGCCACCUGACCCGGGCCAAGGAGGCCCUGCGGCGGGUUCUUCAGGAGCAUAAAAAUGCUGACACAAUGGUGGCUUUGAUGAAGGUUUAUGAAGAAGAAGACAAAGCUUAUCAGGACUUGGUCACCAUGGCAACACAAUUCUACCAGUAUUUACUGCAGCCUUUCAGAGACAUGCGAGAGCUGGCGACAUUGUACAAACUGGAAAUCCUGAAGUCUUUGCAAUAUGAUAAUUUGGGUCCUAAGAGAGUAGCAGCUUUGCAGAAAGAUGCUGAAGAGUGGACUAAGCGAGCUGAGAGUGCUGUGUGCUCCAUUCAGGAUAUUACUGUUAAGUACUUCAAGGAAACUGUAAAGGCUGUGGCAGCAAUGCACAAACAGAUGGAACAAGAUCAAGAGAGGUUUGGUAGAACCACUUGGGCAUCAGCUUUGCCACGACUAGAAAACCUGAAAUGUAUGUUGGCUAAAGAAACCCUUCAGCAUCUGAGGGCAAGAGAGUUGUGCCUGAAACAGAAGAGAGCUGUCAUUCAGAAAAAUAUGGAGAGUCUCAGUGAACAAGAGGAGAACUUAACUGUGGUGGAGGAGCUGGAAAUACAGUAUUAUGAAACACAGCUGGAAUUAUAUAAUGUACAGCUUGAAGUAUUGAAACAUGAAGAGAUGCUGCUUAUUGUACAGUUGGACACUUUAAGGAGGCAGAUUAAAGAGAAACAGGAUGAAGUUGUUUACUAUGAUACAUGUGAAAAUCCUGAGGAGCUCAAGGUAAUGGAACAGACAAUGGGACAACAUUACGCUAACUUGUCAGAAAUGACGGUGCUGAGGCAGAAGACUAAGCAGUUGGAGACAAAGCGUGGGACUGUCUGUGCGAGGAGAGCCUACCUCAGGAACAAAAAAGAUCAAUGUGAAGCAAGCCAUCGGCAGAGACUGCAGCAGGCAGAAGAGAGCAAAAAGCGCUUCCAGCAGCAUCACAGCAUACAGAUAAAGAGAGACAAGAAAAAAGAAGAAGAGAAAAAGAAAAAGGCUUGGAUAAGCCAGGAACGUCAGAAAACGCUGGAGAGGCUCAAAACUUUCAGGGAGAAAUGUCCAGCUCAUGUUGUUCUGAAAACAUCUUGUCCCCAGCCUCUCAGUCCCAAGUUGCCACGAAGCAUCGCUCAUCAGCCUGCAGUACAGUCCCCUCCACCUUUGUUGAGUGCAAGGGCGGCUCCAGAGCAGCCAAAGAGCCUGCUGUUGGUAGAAGGUGAAGAAUCAAAAGCUCCCCAUCAGAAUACCACAGCAGAUGCUCCCCAUCAGAAUACCACAGCAGAUAGCUCUGUGCAGACAGAGCAACAGAAGCACAGCGAGGGAUUGAUGGUCUCACCAUCCUCACCAGCACCACCACUUCUCCCACCACCACCACCACCUCCUCCUCCUCCUCCUCCUCCUCCUCCUCCUCCUCCUCCUCCUCCUCCUCCUCCUCCUCCUCCUCCUCCUCCUCUUCUGUCUUUACCUCCUCCUCCCCCACCUCCCCUUUUACCUCCCCAGUUAAAGACACCAUCAGUGACAGAGGAUAAGCCACUUCCCCUUAGCUGCAGUAGCCCCAGGGAAAGCCCUGCACUGCACAACCAAGACAACUCAUCCAGGAGGUCUCUAAACAAUUACAUGGGUUCCAUGGAUGAGGUUUUGGCUUCUCUAAAACGUGGUGAAGUUCAUCUUGGCAAAGUGGAACAGCCAAAUCCAUAUGCUUCUGCAAAAGACAACAUCCUUGCUGCCAUAAGGCAAGGAGUUAAGCUAAGGAAAGUGAAUCGAGAUACUGAGAAAGAUGUCAGUAAAGGAUCCACUAAUGAGCUAGAGAGAAGCAUUAAGGCAGCCAUGCAGAGAAUUAAGAAAGUGUCUGCUGAUUCUGAAGAAGAGGAGAGCAAUGAUCAGAAUAAUGGAGAAUGGGACAGCUAACCAAUUUAGAGUAACAGACUUACUGGCUGCAGUUGAAUGCCUCUCAUUUUGCACAUUGUAGAAGACUCUUAAAAUGAAAAAGCGGUGUGAUUGUGUUUGUUCUCACAAUCCAAAAUGUAAAGUAAAAGAACCCUGUUAAUCUUAUGUAGGAGCUACAAGUCCUUUUUUCUUUCUUUCUUUCUUUCUCUUUUA